UAUUUCACUCUUGAUUAUAGUUUGGCUUCGUUUGCAAAAUAUACCAAUUAUAACCUCUUCGUAUACAUGUGAUGCACAUCAUUUUAUGUUACCUCAUUUUUUUUUCUCUCUAAUUUUGCAGCGGAUUAAUUCCUGACGUGCACGAAAAGACGGACUCUUUUCAAUGGCUUCUUAUCUGGUGUGAAUCUGGGCUGCACGCGAUUUAAAGAAGAAUGCCUUAUGACCAGACAGUCCAUUCGAUCCAUGACACACGAAACUUGCUGCCACUCCCUAAUGAGGCCUCCACAGUCGCUCUUAGUCCUGCUCAACUUAGAAGCACUUCAACGUUUCAGCCAUUCCUCGAAAACACUCCGCCAUCAUCUGCAUCAGCGUUGGUCACGACAUAUUCAGAAGUCACCAGGUACUUACUGACCACACCAUCAGGAUCCGCAGCUUGCCCAUUGAUGCUGCCGUCAUCUCACCGGUCAUCAUUGUCCAGUCCAAGCUAUCAUGAUUAUAAUGGAUUUGGCGGCGGACUACCCCGAAACCAAGGGGUUCAACGAAAGCGACCCGGAGUCACUCUACUCCCUCUACUACUCCUCGUACUCGUACAUCUAUAACGACACCACCAUAUCAUCAAAGUUGGACGAUAUAAUGAAAGUACUCUACAUAACUCUGCCAAUACUCCUAGCAGUGAUUGGGAUUAUCGGAAACACCACAGUCAUGUAUAUCAUAUUCAAACAUAGAGACAUGCAGACCGUUACGAACUACUUUCUGGCCAAUUUGGCAGCUACAGAUGUGGCCAUGUUGACGAUAUGCGCCAUACCAUCGGCUGUAGCUAUUUUCACGGAGAUUCCACUUAGCGUCUGCAAAGGAAUCAAUUAUAUCAUGUUUGUUACUGUUCAAGCUACGUGCCUCACUCUAACGGCGAUGACAAUAGAUCGUUACAACCUUAUCGUACACGCCGUCAAGUCAAGGAAAACGAGAACGAUUAGAAAAACAGUCAUUACAAAUAUUUUUAUUUGGGCAGGAUCGUUCAUUCUCCAAGCUCCGGUUGCAACGUCCUCAACCAUAUCCGAGUACGGGGAAUGCAUCACCAGCUUCGCUACGAGAAGCGGUUCCAACGCUUUCCACAUUUUCAACACCCUCAGUAUGUACGUGCUACCAUUGGCUAUCAUUCUUGUCUGCUACGUGAAAAUCUUAGUCCAAGUCUGGCGAAAAGCCAUUCAAGGUACAGAGAGCGCACAAGCCCAGGAACGUUCCAUCCGCCGCAAGAGGAAAAUCACGCGUAUGGUCUUUGUCAUCGUGCUCCUCUUCGCCAUAUGCUGGUUACCGACACACGUAUUCCGGUUGUGGAAGGAGUUCGACACUGGUUUCCAUAUGACAGCAAAUAACAUUUAUUUCGAUUUUGCAAACCUCUUCGCCUUGUGCCUCGUUUACGCCAACUCUUGCGUAAACCCUUUCGUGUACGCCUUUAAGACGACAAGCUUCAAGGAACAUUUCAAGAAGCUGUUCACGUCUUGCUGCCACUCCGCCCAGAGUGCUAUGGGCUCUGUUAGUACCUUCAAGUUGUCUAAAUUUACCAGGGAUGACGAGUCUAUCUGAAUAUGAAGGACAGAUUGUACCCCUUUUAAACGCAGUUCUCCUCUUUUAAAAUGUCAUUCCUCUCUCUCUCUCUCUCUCUCUCUCAGACGACCAGCAGUUAGGCACGUGCGAUCUUGGAAACUUGAGGAAAGUGGUUUCCACGAUGCAGUUCAAUGACUGAAAGAACAAAUGAAAACACAAGAACCUUACGAGGGUGUGAAAUUUCUACUCUAGAGAGAAUUAUUUCUAGAAAAAAUAUGUAUUUUUUAUUGAAUGGUUUAUAGAUAAUGGAAAAUUCAUCUACAAAUGGAAUGCCUUAACUUUCACAAAGACCAAGAUACUAUAUUUUAAGUGUGACUUUGUGAUCUUUUAUUAAUGUGUGAAACAACGUAUCUGUAUUUCGCACUCAUGUUAUAUUCAUUUACUGUUCAUGUCUAAUUUGAUAUCUCAAAUUGAGAUCAUUGAUAUGUUAUAUCGAAUAUUCACUUAACAAUGAUACAACGCCCAGUUGUGAUAGUAGAUUUAAACAAAAUUAUAAAUGAAUGAAACUUUAUUUUCUUAUUCACAUUCCCUUGGAAGCAAUCAUCAGAAAUCUUUCUCCCUUUCUUUACAAAAUGUUGGUUUGCAAUUUGGAAAGGAUUAUUUCAAUUUAAUUUAGUAACCAGUAUUAAUGUAACAUUUGGCGUCGGUGCACCGAAGUUUAUUGCAAGGACAAUGUAUUAGUUGAAAUAAUGUUUUUCACAGUGCAUCGAGAUGACCUACAACCAAACCAAUAGAUGUUCAUGUUGUAUCCCUAAUAUAAAGGGAAACUGUCUGCU